AUGUCGUACAAGGACUCAGUGGACCCUUUGGAAGAGGCUACAUAUAGAACACAGUCUCACAAUGAUCACGAUAUUGUCGGUGGGUCACAGAUGCCUCCAGUUCAUAUCUCAUCGGGUCAAAGAAGCAGGUCUAAUUCAUUAAUAAACUAUGCCUUGGGAAGAGUAGAACAAGAUAAACCUAAUGAAGUUAUUGAAGAACAUCCAGAUGAAAGUGAAGAGAGUAAAGAACACGAACAAGAGAAAGAACAAGAACAAAAUGAACCAUUGGAACAAGGAUUAACUAAAACUUCAACAACAAAAUCAGAGAAAAGGGCAAGACAUGAACGAAAUAAAUCAAAUUUUUGGAAAGUUGUUGUAAUGUUUGCAAAAGUUUAUCUGAUAAUGUUUGUCUUAUUUGUUGGUAUCUUAUCAAUUUAUUGGGGAUCUUUAUAUGAUAGACCUUCUCAUUAUCAUAAGAUUAAUUAUCUUGUUGUACUUGAUGAAGAUCUUGAAGCUCAACAACCACCAUCAUUAUAUUCAUUAACUUUACAAAAUUUAUUAACAAAUGAAGCUAUUACUAAAUAUGGAACUUUUGAAUUUCAAAAUGGUACAACUUUCAAUGAAUUAGCUCAAAAACAUAAUAAUACAAAUAGAGAUGAAGUUAUUAGACAAGUUCAUCAUCAAAAUUAUUGGGGUGGUAUUUAUGUCCCAAAAAAUUUAACUCAAGAUUAUUAUCAAGCAUUAACAACAAAUUCUUCAUUUAAUGGUACCAUUGAAUUUAUUUAUGAAACUGGUAGAAAUCCUCAAGGUGUUGCAUCAUAUAUCGUUUCAAUAAUGAAAACUAUUGAAAAACAAUUUGUUAAAUCUGGUUCUCAAUCAAUUGUUCAAAGGUUAAUUUCUCAAUUAUCACAAGAUCAACUUUCAACAAUACUUCAAUCUCAUAGUGAAUUAUUACAACCAUUAUGGUGGCAUUGGACAGAUAAUAGACCAAACCCAGGAUCAAUCGUCAUUACAGUCGUUCAAAUUGGAUUAAUUUAUUUAUUAGUUUUAUCAUUUCAUCAAUUUAAUUUCGCUUCAAGUACACAUGAAUACAUCUUGAAAAACAUUCAUACAAGGCAAUAUUUAUUAUAUCAUUAUACUGUAUCACAAUUAGCUUAUAUUAUACUUUCAUUAGUUUAUUCAUUAAUGACUUUAGCUUUUAAAGUUGACCAUACAAAAACAUUUGGUAAAAGUGGAUUUUUAGUUGAAUGGGUUUUCGUUUAUUUAACAAUGGCUGCAUUAGGUGGUGUUAAUGAAAAUGCAGCAAUUCAAAUCUUUGCACGUUAUAAACCAAUAAUUGGGUUUUGGAUUGUUUUUUUCCUUGUUAUUAAUGUUUCACCUGUUUUUUCACCAAUGAUUGUUAUGAACCGGUUUUAUAGAUAUGGUUAUGCAAUGCCAUUAUAUAAUGGUAAUGAAUUAUUGAAAAUCAUCUUUUUGGAUACUUAUAAGGGGAAUAUUGGUAGAAAUGUUGGUGUUUUAAUUGCUUGGAUUGUAUUGAUGAACAUUAUUUUACCUUUUAAUUUAAGAAAUGUUAGAAAUUAUACAAGAGCAGUUAAUGCAAAAGCUAAAAAAGUUUUGGAUGAAAAGAAAUAA